CGCGUACAAGUCUCGUGGGUAGCGGAUGACAGCAGAGAACAUUGGAUAAAACUCGUUCGCUUCGAGCAAUUUGAGUACGUCGCUAACGCGCUUGGCAGAUUUUUAAAUUUCAAUAACAACAAAUUGAACGUUUAUACUAUAAAUAUACCGAAAUCAAGAAGACAGAGCAUUUAAAAAUGGCGGCCGUGAACGCAACUCAAACGGACUACUGGCACUUUUUAUUUGUCGAACUGGCGGAUCCGCGCACCAAUGACUGGUUUCUGAUCAAGUCACCGCUGCCACUGCUGAGCAUACUGGGCUGCUAUCUGCUCUUUGUGCUGUCCUGGGGGCCACGCUUCAUGCGCGAUCGCAAGCCCUUUAAACUGGAGCGCACGCUGCUGAUCUACAACUUUAUUCAAGUGGCGCUGAGCGUGUGGAUGGUCUACGAGGGCGUUUGCAUCUGGCGUGAAUACAGCUGGCGCUGCCAGCCUGUGGACUGGUCACGCACUCCCAAAGCGUACAGAGAGGCGCGCAGUGUCUAUGUUUACUACAUUGCCAAGAUCACUGAGCUGCUGGACACAAUCUUCUUUGUGCUGCGCAAGAACGAUCGCCAGGUGACGUUCCUGCAUGUUUAUCAUCAUACGGUCAUGCCCAUGAUCAGCUGGGGCACCAGCAAAUAUUAUCCUGGCGGCCAUGGCACCUUCAUUGGCUUCAUCAACUCGUUUGUGCACAUCAUUAUGUACUCCUACUAUUUCCUCUCUGCCUUUGGACCUCAAAUGCAAAAGUAUCUGUGGUGGAAGAAGUACAUUACCAAUCUGCAAAUGAUUCAAUUCUGCUGCGCUUUUAUUCACCAAACCCAACUGCUCUACACUGACUGCGGCUAUCCCAGAUGGUCUGUCUGCUUUACGCUGCCCAACGCUGUCUUCUUCUACUUUCUGUUCAACGAUUUCUAUCAGAAGUCCUACAAGAAGAAGCAGGCUGCUGCCGCUCAGGCCAAGGCCAAUGCCAAGGCUCUAGAGAACAACAACAACAACAACAACAACAGCUGCGCCAAGGAUCUGAAUGCUGCAGCGCAGCUGACAGCAGCGCAGAAGAAAGCGCUAUAAGCCCACACCCAUGACCAUACCUCAUUCCCUACCUAUCCCUUCCCUUCCCAUCCUGCUCCCAAAAAUACUUGAACUUACGCUAAUGCGCGUAGUUCUAUGUGCAACUUUGUUGACUAAUUUGUUAAGUAAUCCGCCGCCAAAAAGACAAAACAUAAAGAAAACAACAACACUACGAAUCACAAAAAAAACGAAAAACAGCAGUAGAUAUUGAGAAAUGAGCUUUGAGUUAGUAGGCAAACAACUAAAUGCUUUUUUCGCAGCCAUCGCUUCUUUUGAUGUUUGUAUGUUUGGGUUUCUUUAUAUUUAGUCAACUUCUGAGCGACCACAAUAGAGAUGAAAGACGGUUUAGUUUUUGUCGCCAAAACCGUAUUAAGUUAAGUUUACGAGGAAAUGACAAAGUGGAAUUAGUUGUUUAAAUAUAUGCUU